AAUAACAAUUUAACUGAACUGGACGUAAGUGGACUUGACUCGGAAAAUUUGGACGUUUUCCGGCAACUCCUGAACCAAGAAACACUCAUCCGAAUGGCCCUUGUAAAGAAUGUGCACGCCUUGAUGAAAGACAUGGUCGAUCUGAAGCAAACCAUGAAAACGUUAGAAGACACACAACAGAAAACGGAUUUAGAAGUGACAAACUUACAACAGGAAGUAGAUUUACUGAAGCGUGAAAACCAGAAACUUGACCUUGAAAACAGGAAGUAUGAGAACACAUUUGACAUCGUCAAACAAAACUUUACACAGAUGAAGGGACUAUUUCAGGAUUUUGUAUUGCAGUUGGAGGAGAAAAGAGAAACAUUUGAGAGAAACACUAGCACGGUACUCGGUGAUUUAAAAGUGGAAGUUCGGUAUCUCUCAAUUACUCUUCUUGACCUGAAUAAACAUACGUUAGAAGUUGACAAGGGUAUUCCUGAAAUGAUAGAGGAAAAGUAUGAAAUGUUAUCAUCAAGACUGAAUAAUAUUAUGGCGAGAUUGAGUAGUGAUUUAGUAAUAGCGGGCAGCAAGGUUUCCAAAUCGGUAUCUGACCUCAAACAUUCGCAAAACAGCAUCAUAACUUCAAGUUUUGAUGAAGUCAAUAAGACGAUUGUUGACCUGAAAGCGGAGCUAAGACGAUCUCAGUAUGACCAACUUAAGCUGUCCUCUACAGUGUCGGCUCUGGAGGUGUUCCGAAUGAAUAUGACAAGCAACAAAUGCGACUUGUCUAGAAAGGUGGCCUUUACUGCCUCCGUGUCAUCAUCAAGUACCUCCUGGAACAGCGGCACCUUGGUGUUUCCCGUGGUCAUCACUAAUGUGGGAAACGGAUACAACCCCAGCAACGGAAUAUUUACCGCUCCUACCAACGGGAACUACGUGUUUUUCGUGAAUGUACAGAGUUAUGAUAAAAAAAAAACCAUUCAUGUAGAUAUUGUGUUAAAUGGAUCAACAAAGGUCAGAACUAUGGGGUAUAACGGAAGUUACGCCGCUGGGCUAAAUCUGGUGGUGCUAGGUCUUCAGAAGGGAGACACGGUGUGGGUCAAACAUUAUUGUGGACAAGGUUACUACACCGACGGUUCUAUAACCACAUUCUCAGGGUUUCUGAUUUGACAUGAUGCCUAAAACAUUACACUUGACGGGAUUUUUAACCACAAUUUUCCUGUCACGCUUUGUUCUUGCAGUAUAAAUCUUUACCUUUAAAUGAUUUUGAAUCGUCUUCACCGAUAUAAAAAAAUAUCGGCAUAAUGUAUCGAGACUUUUAACUUCCAGUAGUUUAAAUUGCAAAAAAAAAUCAAUGUUUUCCAUUGCUAGGAGAAGGAGUGUCCGCCUCACGACACUCGGCCUGUACUAACAGAACACAACAAGCAGGGGACUAUUCAAUAUAGUGAGUAUAUACCUCAACAUUCGGAAUUGGAUGUUGUAUCAACUGGAGAUACAUCAAAUUUUGAUGGUCAUAUCUUAUAAGAUAUGAGCAAUAAUUAGGACUCUAUAACAUGUAACCAAGACGCGGAGAGCAGUCAAAAUUAUGUACAGGAAUUCAGGAUAAGAUUCUUACCAACAGAUAUACAUGAACAAAUAUUAAUCCAGUUAGCAAAAAACGAGGCAUAGAAACACUAUAGUCAUAGAUCCGGAAUCGGUGUUAAAUGCAUUGGUAUCGUAAUAUUCUGAAAUCUAUAUCAAAUCUUAGAACUGCGAAUGUGAUGAGUGUCAAAAGAAACUGCAUAGUUUACACCACUCUGUGAAAAACUUAAUAAAUUAAUCAUAAAUGAC